AUGCCUCUCUUUCUGUGCUUGUUACUUUGUAGCUUUGAAGUGAUGGCUGAUAAACGCCUUUGUCAAAUGAUGGGAAGUCCACAGUAUCCUCUGCUAUCUAAAGAUGGAGAUGUGUCCAUUGGAGGGGCUUUUUCCAUUCAUAGCAAAAUUACACAAGGCAACCUAACAUUUUCUGAAAAACCACAACCACCAGCCUGCUUCAGCCUGAACCUAAGAGAAUUCCGCUUCGCUCAGACUAUGAUCUUUGCCAUCGAGCAGAUAAACAAAAAAAAUGAUUUAUUACCAAAUAUUUCCAUUGGAUACAAGAUAUUUGACAGCUGUGGCUCAACAUUGACUUCCAUGAGGUCAACUAUGGCUUUGAUAAAUGGUCAGGAUUUGAUGUCUGGACAAAUCUGCUCUGGAAAAGCACCAGUAAAAGCCAUCAUAGGAGAGUCUGAGUCUUCAUCUUCUAUAGUGCUUGCUAGAACAUCUGGCCCCUUCAAGAUUCCAGUGAUCAGUCACUUUGCUACCUGUGCUUGCCUGAGCAACAGAAGAGAGUUCCCCUCCUUCUUCAGAACGAUACCCAGUGACUAUUAUCAGAGUAGAGCACUGGUCCAGUUGGUUAGGUACUUUGGCUGGACCUGGGUAGGUGCAGUAAGGAGUGAUAAUGAUUAUGGCAACAAUGGGAUGGCCACGUUUGUGAGUGUAGCAGGUAGAGAGGGAGUGUGUAUUGAGUACUCUGAGGCCAUCUUAAGGACAAACUCGAGGGAAAAGAUUGCCAAGGUAGUAGAAGUGAUUAAAAAAGGAACUGCCAGGGUUCUAGUGGCAUUCCUGGCACAGAGUGAGAUGGAGGUACUAUUAGAUGAGAUCCUUGCCCAAAACGUGUCAGGGCUGCAGUGGGUGGGCAGUGAGUCCUGGAUUACUGCAAGGCACUUGGCAACUCAGAGUUCCCUCAGGGUUAUAAGUGGUGCCAUUGGUUUCACAAUCCGUAAGUCUAAAAUUCCUGGAUUGAAAGACUUCCUUCUCAAGGUACAUCCAAGACGUAGCCCCUCAAAUGCCCUUCUGAGGGAGUUCUGGGAGACAACGUUUGAGUGUAAGUUUAAUCAAAACAGUCAAAAUGAUAAAGUGAAGCUUUGCACUGGCUUGGAGAGUCUAGCGAAUGUAAGCAACACGUUCACUGAUGUAAUGGAGUUUAGAGUCUCCAACAAUGUGUAUAAGGCUGUUUAUGCGGUGGCACAUGCGCUGCAUAAGAUGUUAACCUGCAGAACUAGCUUUGAUCAAUUUAGGGAUAAGACUUGCUUCGAAAAUGACACAGUCGAGCCUGAACAGGUAUUACGUCACUUACGUGAAGUGGAUUUUACAACACAUUCUGGUGAAAGAGUGUAUUUCAACUACAAUGGAGAUCCUGUAGCAAAGUAUGAGCUGGUGAACUGGCAGAAGAAUGAAUCUGGAAUAAUGUUUGUCACUGUUGGUCACUAUGAUGCCUCACAAUCCAACAAAGAGCAGUUCAACAUGAAUCCUGUUCCAAUUGUUUGGGCUGGUAACACUUAUAUGAGGCCCAGGUCUGUCUGCAGUGACAGCUGCCUGCCAGGCUUCAGACGAGCCCCCAUCAAAGGUAAACCAGCCUGCUGCUUCGCCUGCAUACAAUGCCCUGCUGGAGAGAUCAGCAAUAUGACAGACUCUACAGAAUGCAUCAAAUGUCCUUUGGAGUACUGGUCCAGCAAAGACCAUAGCCAAUGCAUCCUGAAAAGGGUUGAAUUUCUCUCAUUUCAUGAAAACAUGGGAAUUGUCUUGGCAGCAUUUUCAGUGAUAGGAGCAUCUUUGACAAUAGCUGUGGCAUUAAUGCUCUUUCACUUCAGAGAAACACCUCUUGUUAAGGCUAUCAACUCAGAGAUGAGCUCCCUGCUUCUCUUUUCACUUAGUCUUUGUUUUCUUUGUUCACUUACUUUUAUUGGCCAGCCUUCUCUGUGGUCCUGUUGCUUCCGUCACAUAUCGUUUGGGAUUACAUUUGCCUUAUGUAUGUCUUGUGUUCUAGCAAAGACUAUAACAGUGGUGAUGGCCUUCAGGGCUACAGUGCCUGGGGCAAAUAUUCCCCAGUGUUCCGUGCCACUGCAAAGAAUAAGUGUUUUCAGUUGUACAUUAUUUCAAGUAAUUAUAUGUGCCUUUUGGGUAGCACUUGCACCUCCAGUUCCACACAGAAAUGCUGAACACUCCGCAGAUAAAGUAAUUCUAGAAUGUGAUGUGGGUUCAGCAGUAGGUUUCUGGGCUGUGUUGGGUUAUAUAGGACUCCUGGCUUCCCUGUGUUUUGUGUUGGCUUUUCUGGCCCGCAAGCUGCCUGAUAAUUUCAAUGAAGCCAAAUUCAUCACAUUCAGUAUCCUCAUAUUUUGUGCAGUGUGGAUCACCUUUAUUCCAGCUUAUGUCAGUUCUCCUGGAAAGUUCACUGUGGCUGUGGAGAUAUUUGCCAUUUUAGCUUCCAGCUAUGGAUUGCUUUUCUGUAUCUUUAUCCCAAAGUGCUAUAUAAUAAUGCUAAAGCCAGAAAAAAAUACACGAAAAUUUGUCAUUGGCAAAGCACAUGGAAAAUCACAAUGA